CAAAACAAGACUCGACUUUUUGUUGUUCGAAAAUCGGAGAAACAGAACAAAAAAUCCAGUUGAAUAUGGCGGAUAUAUGUUUUGAAGUGGUGACCGACGCAUCGUCUUCCUCGGCGUUUGAAUCAAGGCCGUUAAAUUCAGUUAGGAGACAGAGGUUCCCGAUGGACCAGACGGUGGUGCAAGAAGAUUGGAAGAAGAAUUGUAAGCGUAAUAAACAAGAGGAUCUAGCUAAAACAUGUUCAUUAAAUUCUCCAAGUUCUAAGGAGGAUUUUUUUCCCGGGAGAAAAUCACUUGAAAAGGAAAGGGUCAGAGAAGAUGACGUCUCCGGCGAGUCUCCGGCGACGGAGGUAAGUAAGAGAUACGGCGUUUCAUCGGUGUGCGGUAGAAGAAGAGAAAUGGAAGAUGCGGUUGCGAUUCAUCCUUCGUUUUCUUCUCGGAAGAACUCGGAAUAUUCUCAACACUACUUUGGUGUCUACGACGGUCAUGGUUGUUCCCACGUUGCAGCUAGGUGUAGAGAGAGGCUUCACAAGCUAGUGCAAGAGGAGCUAAACUCGGAUGAGGAAGAAGUAGAAGAAUGGAAAACGACAAUGGAGCGUAGCUUCACGAGGAUGGAUAAAGAGGUUUCCCGUUGGAGUAAUGAAUCCGUCGAGAGUGCGAAUUGUAAGUGUGAGCUUCAAACGCCGGAUUGUGAUGCCGUUGGAUCAACCGCCGUCGUCUCAGUCAUUACGCCGGAUAAGAUCGUCGUUGCUAAUUGCGGUGAUUCCAGAGCGGUUCUCUGCCGAAAUGGCAAACCGGUUCCGCUCUCAACCGAUCACAAGCCUGACCGUCCAGACGAAUUGGACCGGAUCGAAGGAGCUGGAGGACAAGUCAUAUACUGGGACUGUCCGAGAGUUCUAGGUGUUUUAGCAAUGUCACGAGCCAUAGGAGACAAUUAUCUGAAACCUUACGUGAGUUGCGAGCCUGAAGUAACCGUGACGGACAGGACGGACGAUGAUUGUCUCAUACUAGCCAGCGACGGUUUAUGGGACGUGGUGUCGAACGAGACCGCAUGCUCGGUGGCGAGUAUGUGUCUACGUGGUGGUGGUCGGAGACGGAGAGGUGGUCAAGAUUGGGUCUCGGAGAAAGCUUGUAUGGAAGCGUCUGUGUUGUUGACGAAGCUCGCGUUGGCAAGGCAGAGUAGUGACAACGUGAGUGUUGUUGUGAUUGAUCUUAGAAGAGAUGGACACGUAAGUGGACACUAAUCGUGUACAAAACUUCACACUCCCCAUCGAAGACACUGCUUUAACUUUUUUUUUUUUUAU